AUGGACCAGCCCAUGAUGACGUUUCUAGAUUGGAUGGAUAUGAAUCAGACCGGGCAGGCGACGAAGAAAGUGGAAGACCAGGAUGUAUGGGAAAUUCUGGAAUACGACUUUGGAGAAGAGAUUGCAUCAUCAGUCAAUCAGAAGGCAUACCAGGAAGUCCAAUGCCAGACAUCAGAAACAGCGAUGACGACUCCGACGGAAUCACUCCAUAUACCAUAUGGAUUGGAGAAGAUGAACAAUCUGACUACGGUAGCCCUUUCUAUGGAGGAAAUCGACCAGAUAAUGAGUACCCUAUAUAUGAGGUCGAAUGCAACGGAAGGACCAUUAAGUACGCUGUUGAACAAGGAGAGCCUUGGUUCUGUCUCGGAACAGAAGAAGAAAACGACUGGAACGAAUAUCUCUGGCGAACUGGAGAGUUAUGAAUACCUGGACUUAACAACCCAGAUGACACCUACAAUGAUGAUGAUGAUGACGGGUAUAUGUCAAGUCGGGGCCCCACUUCCAGAUGUGUUACCCCAUACUCCGACUGCAGCAGAGGUUGAAGAUUACCCCAUCAAUCCACAAAGCCCUACAGCCCAUCCAAUCGAAAAAGAAUGCCCACAGAAUGAAUUACUAACCAGUCCACGGAAAUACCCGGCUGAUGAAAUACAUCUGUUAGAGGAAGAAAAUCCAUGGAAAACAAUUAGUAAUGGAAGAGGUGAAGCACGAACAUCAGAGAAAAGAAAACGGGAUGGCAAAGAGGAAAAGGCUGCGAGUGGGGGACCAAUGACCGCCGCAGCGAAAAUGAGAGUGUAUAGGAGAAAGGAGAGGGAGAGAAAAGGAGAAAAAGGGAAGAAAUGGAAAAAGUUGUGGAAAGAGACGAGAAAGGA